AUGAAGAAGCCAUGGGCGCUGUCAUUUUCCUAUGGACGAGCUCUGCAAGCGUCAUGCAUGGCAAAAUGGCGGGGCCAAGAAAGUAAUGUGAAAGAGGCUCAGGCCCUUUUGCUACAACGAGCGCGUGCAAACUCACUGGCAACCCUUGGCAAGUACGAAAGGGAUGUGAACGCCCGUGAAGCUGCCUCGAGCUAG